CUUGUCCUUCUAUUCUCCACAUGGUCCUACUCCCACACAUAUAUAUAUAAAUAAACAGGUGUGUAUAGACUAUAGAGUAUAGAUACACAAAGAACAGAUACCCCACCUACCCUUUAUCUACUCUCUCCAGUUUCUCAGGACUCAGUCAGAAACAAAACACAAACCAAUGGCCAUUUCCUCUCUCCUAUUCUUCCUCUCCCUCCUCCUCUUCCUCCCUCUCACACUCUCAACCCAAUCAGACCGUCCACAGACCUUCAUAGUCCACGUGUCAAAACCCCACAAGCCUUCCCUCUUCACCUCCCACCACCAAUGGUACACCUCCAUCCUCAACUCCCUCCCUCCUUCACCUCACCCAACAAAGCUCCUCUACACGUACCAACAUGCCUCCAAUGGCUUCUCUGCUCUCCUCACGCCUUCUCAAGCAUCAGCACUUCUUCAAAAAAACCCAUCUUCCAUUCUCUCCGUCACACCUGACAGGAUCUCUCAUCUCCACACCACACACACCCCUCAGUUCUUAGGCCUGACUGAAAUAUCUCCCCUCUUGGCUACCUCUGAUGAUGCCGAAAACAUCAUAAUCGGCGUGUUGGAUACCGGGAUUUGGCCCGAACGCCAUAGCUUUUCCAACUCGUCUGUGUCUUCUGUUCCUCCCGGUUGGAAAGGAACAUGUGAGACAUCAGAGGAUUUUAAGGAUUCAGUUUGUAAUGGAAAGAUCAUCGGUGCCAGAGCGUUUUACAAAGGAUAUGAGUCUUAUCUGGAGGGACCAAUGGAUGAAACAGCGGAAUCUAAAUCUCCAAGGGAUACAGAGGGUCAUGGGACUCACACAGCAUCCACAGCUGCAGGGUCAGUGGUUUCUGAUUCUGGCUUCUUUGAAUAUGCUAAUGGUGAAGCUAGAGGGAUGGCGACUAAAGCCAGGAUAGCGGUGUAUAAAAUUUGUUGGAAAUAUGGUUGUUUUGAUUCGGAUAUACUUGCUGCUAUGGACCAAGCUAUUGCUGAUGGGGUCAAUGUGAUUUCUCUUUCUGUUGGGGCUAAUGGUCAUGCUCCUCCUUAUGAUCAUGAUUCUAUUGCAAUUGGAGCAUUUGCUGCAGUACAACAUGGUGUGGUUGUUUCAUGUUCUGCUGGGAAUUCUGGACCUGGUCCAUAUACCGCUGUGAACAUUGCUCCUUGGAUUUUGACUGUUGGUGCUUCUACUAUUGAUAGAGAGUUUCCUGCUGAUGUGGUUCUUGGCGAUGAAAGAGUUUUUGGGGGUGUAUCAUUGUACUCGGGGGAAGCUCUUGUUGAUUUCAAGCUUCCAUUAGUCUAUGCUGGAGACAUUGGAAAUAGGUAUUGCUAUGUGGGUAGUAUUCCGCCUUCGAAAGUGACUGGGAAAAUUGUUGUUUGUGAUCGAGGAGGGAAUGCAAGAGUAGAGAAAGGAAGCGCAGUGAAGCUUGCAGGUGGGAUGGGAAUGAUUCUGGCCAAUACAGCUGAUAGUGGUGAAGAGCUUAUUGCGGAUCCACAUCUUAUACCGACUACUAUGGUGGGUCAGACAGCUGGUGAUAAGAUAAAGGAAUAUAUCAAAUUAGGCCAGUUCCCAACUGCGACAAUUGUGUUCCGUGGGACUGUAAUUGGGACUUCACCAGCGGCUCCAAAGGUUGCAGCUUUUUCAAGCCGGGGUCCAAACCAUUUGACAAAAGAGAUUCUCAAGCCAGAUGUUAUUGCUCCUGGUGUUAACAUUUUGGCUGGAUGGACUGGGUUUGCUAGUCCAACUGAUUUGGACAUUGAUUCUAGGCGUGUGGAAUUCAAUAUCAUUUCAGGUACUUCUAUGUCUUGCCCUCAUGUAAGUGGCAUAGCAGCCUUACUUCGAAAGUCUUAUCCGAAUUGGUCACCUGCUGCAAUAAAAUCAGCACUGAUGACAACAGCUUAUAAUGUGGAUAAUUCUGGGAAGAAUAUCAAUGAUCUUGCUACUGGUAAAGAAUCAACGCCAUUCAUUCAUGGGGCUGGACAUGUUGAUCCGAAUAGAGCUCUUAAUCCUGGGUUGGUGUAUGAUAUGGAUGUUAAUGACUAUGUUGCAUUCCUUUGUGCCAUUGGGUAUGAUACUAAGAGAAUUGCGGUGUUCUUGAGACAGUCAACUAGUUCUGAUAUAUGUGCAAGACAAUUAGCUACUACAGGAAAAUUGGCUAGUGCGGGUGAUUUGAAUUAUCCAUCAUUCUCAGUGGUUUUCAAUUCUGAUCAAGAUUUGGUUAAGUAUAGGAGAGUUGUGACUAAUGUUGGAAGUUCAGUUGAUGCAGUUUAUGAGGUGAAAGUGAAUGCUCCAACAGAUGUUGAAAUUAGUGUUUCACCAAGUAAGCUUGUGUUCAAUGCAGAAAAUCAGACUCAAACAUAUGAGAUUACAUUUGCAAAGGGUAUUGGGUACAGUUCUGCUAGCUAUGGUUCAAUUGAGUGGACUGAUGGAACUCACAGUGUGAGGAGUCCGGUUGCUGUUAGGGGGAGCAGUGCUUACGCAACUGACAUGUGAGUUUGCAUUUGGGAAUUGGUUUGUCACCACCCAAGAAGGGAAGGGAGGAUGGAGCAUUGCAAGUGGAGGUGUUUAAUGCAUAUUUCAUGGUCAUGGUCUUUGUUUUCUAUCGUAUUUGUAACUUAUCAGCCUCUUGUACAAAAUGGAAUGGUCGAUGAGGCACUGUAACUUAAUGUUCUUGCAUAAAUCUGUAAUUUUUAUGAGUAUGAUCCAGCAUUAAUUGCAACAUUGCAAGCUCUAACGAAACUCAAAACUCCAACUAUUGCAUAUUGAGAAAUGAUAGUGUGAUGUUAAUACAA